AUGAAGAGGACCGGGGCGUCAGGAGGGAGAGGGUCGCUUCUCAUAAGCCAGCCUUUUCAGUCAAACGCGUUAACCUACCAACAUGCACUUGGCCUCCCAGCCUGUGACGAUCCGCUCAGAUGCUUAACCGGAGGUCAGGAGAAUUCUCGUGAAAACGACCCAGGACGACGCUCCACGAAAAAUCCAGUCGCCAGAGAACGCGUUUCCGACGCGUUCUCUGGCGGCCGAUCUGCUGGUCCCGCAGCCCUGGUCGACGCAUUCCCCAACAGCCUCGGGAAUGGCCACGGGGGCAAGAGGGACGGGACCUCCUCAGCGACUGAGAGCGAAAACUACGUGCAGACGCCGAGACAGCUGCUGCGAAAGCGCAGCACACGCCGAGGUGUACUAUCGGAAGCAGAGAUGUUGGAUAGGCUAACGAACCAGAAAAUAGCGGAGAUCCAAUACGAAUUCGCCGCCCGAAAUGGAGAAGUGGAUGUGGUCGAGUUCAUUCAUAUUCUCGGGCGUCAGCUCCGAGAUGCCGAAGAAACAGAAGUAGACUGUGUAGCUGGAGCGCCCAGAAACAAGAACACUCUUGAGGGGGUCUCCUCUUUGUCCUGUCUUCCUGGGCCAGCACAGAUUUUGCUCGGUGGAGGAUCAGUGGCUGCUGGAGGGAUGGUCUCCGCGUCGUGCACGGAAGCUCUUGGAAGCGAAGGUGGAGACUGCGACACCGCUUCCGGCUUCUACGCAAAGGGGCUCUCAGCACGUAGUAGACGCCUGUCAGUAACCCGAGCAAAAGACGAGCGUGCGGAGGGUUUAUCCCUUUUUGGAGAUUCAGACCUGGAUCUGGAUGCCGAGGGCGGUCGGAUUCGGGGCCGAGGCAGCAUCUCUCAUGACACGAUUCAGAGAGAGCUGGAGGAAGCAGGACGACUCAUGGAACUGUUUGACCUUAUUGACGUAGACGAUACUCAGAAAGUUUCCUGGGAAGCGUUCACAACCUUCGUUGUGGAUCGAGGUCGUAAUGGAGAUGCGCUGAAACGUCUACAUAUGCAGCGAUUGGAGAAGGCGGACUUCCACGAUACCCGUGUCCACGUGUGCGCCAUCGAGCGCCUCACCACUGCAUACGAUCCCAGUAUAGGGCUCGAUGUGGUUUUCUACUACGAGGAAGGUUCCAAAACCGUUGAACUCGUGGACCCUCUCCUCAAACCUAUCCAAAAUCAGCCGCCCCUGCAGCGCACAUUCAACAUCACCGCCGUGGCCUACUGCCCUCUUGUCCAUCAUCUCGUCGUCGCUGCUGCGGAUUUGUCUCUGACUUUCUAUGACUUGAAGGGAACUCUUGUGUGUCAGGAUUCGAACGACUUCCGCAUUCCUUCGCCGAGCACCCAGGCGCGUGGUCCUCGUUCAGGUAGUCCGAGCGCUUCAGCCAGCAGGGGUAACGCUACGGACAGCCCCGGGGCACAGUCCUCGCCUUUCUGGCGCGUCACUCGAACGUUCAAAACCCGCACCUCCCAGAUUGUUCUGUUUCCUUCCUCUUCUCGACCCUGGAUCUUUUCUGCAGACCACGAGGGCUCCAUCUAUGCUUGGGACCUAGAAAAAAUAUGCGGGGGGUCUCUGGGAGCUUCCACUUCCUCACGCGUGGCUCUUUCUGCCGAUCCUCUGGCAGACACCGGAGGCGAAAACCCUCAAAGUCGGGUUGUGUCUGAAGCCCGUGCCAUCGACUUGGCGACGCUGGUCCCGCCCUCAAAGUCCGACGGCAUUCGGCCUCUGUAUCUACGUCGCCUAGCAAGCAGCAGUAGCCCCGGCGUCCUGUCUUGGACCCGCGUCGGAGCGCCCUCCAGUGGAGGGAUAAGUCCCUACACUGACAGCGCGCGCGGCAGGUCAGACCACGCGUCGGGACGGAGCAGCUACAGGGCGCUUUCUUCUGGGGGAAACUUUGGUUGGGUCAGAGGUAUCAAAAGUGGGGAUUGCGUCCCAGGCACGCCUGGGGCGGCUCGUAGCCAAAGUCCGGCCUCCUUGCAGCCGCGGUCGGGGAGGCGCAGCGCGUCAACGCAGUUGGAGAGGAACCGAGGAGCGUCGCUGGUCAGAGAAAUCUCGGCGUCAGACGGGGUUUCUCUCUUUGAUUCCUUCGCCAAUGAGUCGAGGCCUUCGAUCGCCCUUGGCAGUCGCCACCAACGCAAGGCGAGUCGAGAACGGGCGAACUCGCUCGCUGCGAACGGCGAAGCGGGAGGCCCAUCAGACAGCAGACCUCGAAGUCCUCAAGAGGCCUUUUCACAAUCUCGGCCGCCUUCAGAGGCUUCUGAAAGUGACCGCAGCGGAGUUUUGGUUUCUCAAAGUUCGGCCGGCUCCCCGCAUUGCCAGCCACUCUGUUCCGACGACCGAACAGCCCAAAGGGGGUCGAAUCUCUCCAGUUUAUGUGCGACAAACCGGAGUCGGAAAGAGGGUGUCUUUGCGUCCACGAGCGGCUGCAGACGUCGAGUUCGCCAGUCGCCGGGUUAUGUGUGUAGCACCAAUAGCGGGGGUCAGUUUGGACCUUCGGGGGGGGCACGUUGUCAGACUGGAGAAACCUCUCCGAGCACAAAAGCACAAUCCUCCUCGCCUCGCGGGGCUCUCCGUCUCCUCUACCACCAGUCCCGAGCUACAGGGAGUUCAGGCUCGGCGUCAAGGUCGUCCUCUCAGGCUUUCCAGCCCUCACCAAGUGGAGGCGGACCGUCACGCGGCGCCAGUGUGUCUUCUCCAUCAAACACCGACUUGCUGUCUCGCCGCCUCGGCCACUCUGGAGGAGGCGCAGAAGCGAGUGUCCCAGCCCCGCAAGAGCCUCAGUUUCAGUUCCUAUGCUGGAGGCAGUACCGAGCGCACGGCGACAUUGUAACGGCCUUUGAGGAACUGGAGGUCAUGGAUUUGCUGGCGUCCUGCGGCAUGGAUGCGAAAAUCUACCUUUGGGACGCAGAGAGUGGAGAACUGAAACGCAGUCUUGAUGGGCACGUGCGAGGGGUUCGAGCGCUUUGCUUCGACGUUGAAAACCGUGUACUUCUCUCUGGAGGCUUCGACUACAAGUUGCUGGCUUGGAAUCCGUACGUGGGGAAAAAACUCCACACAGUUCGCGGGCAUUCCGCGCCGGUAGUCAGUAUCUGCAUGCUUGGACCACAGAGUCGUCAGUUUGUCUCUUUUGACUCCGAAGGCAUCGUGAAGGCCUGGGACCUCAGCACUUCGGCGUGCCUACAGACGCUGGUGACUGAGGACCAAUCCUGCGUUCGCGCUGUCAUUGCGCUUCCUUAUCAUCGCACACUGGUGUCUGCCGGGCGAAAGCUCGUCGCUCUCAAGUACGGUCUGAUCCAAGAAUCCACAUCAGCCGGUUCGGGCCGAGGCGCGAGAAAUGACUUCCAACCUGCUUGGGGCGGUAAAUCGCCUGUGCGACACCGCAGCCAGCACACUCUGUUCGGCAAAACGUCUCUCGGCUUGAAGGGCCGUGGCGCGCAGCUCGAUGAAGGAGGCAGUCCCGAAUCCUCGGCCGAGCCGCUGCUGGCCAAAGCUGUCGCUCACCUGGUCGUGCGCGUUCUUGUCACCGCCGCAGGAAAGCACCUCCGCGUUUGGGACCUCUGCACAGGCGCUCUCGUCUCUUCUAUCGAACAUGUGUGUCAAGGGGAUCACUGCAUUAGUGAUAUCUGCAUGGAUGAAAAGGGCCGGAAGGUUUUCGUCGCCGACCAGCAAGGCUGCAUCUGUGCGUACAGCGUUUGCACGGGUCAACUCCUUCAGCGCUUCAGCAGCCACCGGUCGGAAGUCUCCCAACUUCUGUAUGUCGGCGGCGAGGACAAGAACCUCAUCUCUGUAUCCUGGGACCGGUCCAUCGUUAUCCACAACGACGCACCCGUUUCUCCUCCUAAAAAGGCCCGAGGAGGCUGCCUAACUGCUGGCGAGUGGGAAGGCGCGGCCGCGCUGCCAUGCACGCCGUCUGUGGCGGUGGGGAGUCCCCAAAGCUCCGGUGGAUUGGCAGCCGUUCCGCCCGAGCCUACGCGGGCGGGAGAAGAGGACGCAAGUGGGACUUGCGCUUUGCCUGCAGACAGACCCAAGAGUGAACCGCGGAUGGCGGUGGAAGGCAGCCCCGGCCGAACUUGCUCCAGCUGGCGGAGUUUUGUCGGUAGCGGGGGACGAAGGGUUCCUCGGGCACCUUCCCGCGGCCUCGUGGUAGGGUAUCGGAGCGACCUCGACAAAGGCGGUUCUCCUCCGCACGGGACGCGGCAUGCCUCUUCAGAGGACCCAGCCUUGUCCACGCUUGCACGAGCUGGGGCCGUGCCUGCCGAUUCGCCGCAGGCGCGCGGCGAGGGACGAAUCUGGCGAAAGGUCAAGAACGCACACCUAGGAGAUGUGACGUGUUGCGCGUUCAGUCGGCGCCUGGGCAUGCUUGCGACGGGCGGUACGGACCGAGCAAUCUUUGUGUGGGACUACGAACGCCUUAGGCGCGUCACCAGCCUCUUUGGUCACAGGCACGAGCUGGCAAACGUGUCGUUCAUCGAGCCUCUGCCGCUCCUUUGUUCCGCCGACGUUGGCGGGACGCUGUGCAUCUGGGUCUUGCCCCCUCACCCUCACGCCCUUCGAGUUCUUGAGACGGUUCCCUCGCCAGCCCUCGGUCCACAUCCCGCGCCGCCGGGGCCGGCACACGUGAUGGGGACAGGAAGCUCUUCCCGGCGCGCGUCCGACCCUCCGGGUGCCGGGGAUGGCCUCGGCGGCGGCGCGGGACUGCCUGGAGGGCGCAGCAGAGAAGCCUGGAAAGAAAGGCGCGGGGUAACGUGGCAGCCAACGGAACCGGGGCUUUCGGGCCACAGGCGACUGUCUACGGAGGGCCCUUCCAAAGGCACGGCGAGAGCGGGCGGGACUGGAACGGCUGCGGGCAGUCUCCACGCCGUUUCGCUGCCGCCGCACGUCUACCCUGGACUGUCCCGCGACUCUUCAGACGCAGUGCGACUUUCGUCCGGCGAUGGCCGAGUGGCAUCUCCCCUCGGCCACACGUCUCGCGACGGACAGCGAGGCAGUCCUGUGCUUCGAGCGCCCAACGGGGUUGGCGAAGCAUCAGAAGUUCCAAACGCUCCGGCCUCAGCGAAUGCUUCAGCGCCUCCUUCGUCCGGACCAGCGGUGGACAGUCGAGUCAGAGGGCUUCCAGUCACUUUGCUGCUGCUGCGAAUUGUCGACAUGGAGCGGGUCGGAACAACAACGCCUCUCACUGCUCUUGCUGUUGCUUGUCGCAUGCCGGCCGCUUCCGGGGCCUCCGAGGGGCGCUGUCUGCGAUUCGCAAACUCCGCCAUCGCCACGUGUUCGCCGCCGCACGGCGAAGGAACGGACUUGCUCAGUCCAGCUUCCACGUCCCAGAGUGCCACGGGGUCUGGUCAGGCAGGGCUGACACGUAAACUUUCACCUCCGCCUUCUCUGCAAGGGGGGAUGCAGCGGAGGACGUCAAGAGGACAGGAGGACACCACAGAUAUUCCCGGCGUUCCCCACAGCACCACUUUCUUAACAAGCAACGACGGGAGUGAACCCCCCGCGAGUCGCCUCGACGACACUUCCACUGCGUCCGAUGCCAUCCUGGCCACCGGGGCUUCCAGGGUGCGGCAGCCGUGUAGCAACCCGAGUGGGAAUGACGCUCCACGAGAGGAUACCAGUUCCCCCUCACUUAGCUUUCUGCGCUCGCAUUCAGAGGAACUUGGGUCUGUGGGAGAAAUCCUCAUUUUCGCGGGUGAUGAGAGAGGCCGCGUGCGUGUCUGGGACGUAUCCGUGAUCCUCGCUCUCCUCCCAGGGACGGAACAGGUGAUGCCCAAAACAGACUGGCAGCCUCAUAGAGUGUACUGCGACGAUCUUCGUGACAGCACGAUGGGUCUUUUUAAGCAAAUGGUCCCGUUACACCGCGUCGCCAAGCUCCCGUUCUACGCGUUGCCAAAACCAACCGACAGCAACGCGGCGACGAUGCAAACGCGCGGUCGGUGGCCCGAGAGCCCACCCUGCCUUCCUUCCCGCCUAGCCACCUCCAAAGCUGCCUUGGUGGAGGAGAGGGAAAGAUUAGACUCUGGUUCAGCCGCUCGUGGCGAGGAUAGAGAGUUGGCUGCAGGCUGGCCUCAGACGCGGCCAGCCUCUCCAGAAGCCGUCGACCCAGCCUGGGUAGGGAGAGAGGGAACCAGCUCUUUGGCGCAAAACCGAGUUCGGAUCAGCUCUGCCGAUGCUCCUACGAACGGCAACGCCCUGGCUCUUCCCUCGCGGCCGGCGCGGGGGAGUCCGGACUCUCGUCCUCCAAGCAGGCCGCUGGCACCCAUUGUCGCCAGAGUUCGCGACGAACGAGGCGUCACGCCCACUGUCCAAGGGGCAGCCCGGUCGUCUACGAGACCCGACGCGCGAGAGACUGAUCCUGGAGACACAGCUGGCAGCAGUCUUGCGCGCUAUCCAAGUUCAGAGCCCUUGACAACUCAGAGACGAAACAGCGUUAGGGCUCCUGGAGCAGGCGCCCUCGGCCUGCCUGACCGCUCGUCCAGUGUGACAGCUCGGCUCUCCGGAGGGCCCGGCAGCGGCGUCGGGGGAGCGGAUUCUGUCGACGUGUCACCGUAUUUCGGAUGUAACUGGUCAGGGGAACCUGCGGCAACAAUGGAUCCUUUUCUGCCGACAGACGAAGCUCCUGCUCUUUUUCCAAGAGCGCCUGUGAAGCUCGUUGGAAUGUGGAAGGCACACAGAGGCAGUGUGAAGAGCCUUCAGGUUCUUCCACUGGGGAACAGCAGCCUCCAGAGAAAUGCACGCAGCGCACACAGUGGUCGCGUGCGUACGUCGCCGUCGGGGGCAUCGGACGAAGAGCUGGGAAGUGUAAAUCCCCAGAGCGCUCCGUCGAGGCGUGGACGACCUCCGCCUGUCAAGACGCUCUUGGUGUCUGCGGGCGAAGACGGCGCCGCCCGAAUUUGGGACGUCUCGGCGCUUUCGCGGUCUGAAGAGCCCCCGAGACGAACUUUACCUACGAUGUUCCUCGAUCUGGCCCAAGAGAGACACAGCGCGCCGAUGCGGGGCGCGGGUCUAAAACCUGCGCACGGGCCGUCCUUCGCGCACUACCCGAGCUUGCCUGCGCCUAGCAGAGAAGCGGGCGUGGACGGGGAUGUGCGCGACUCCGCUCUUGCCCCGACUCCUGCGGCCCGAAACUCCCCUCUACGCUUGCAGACCCACGGGAGCGUGCCGGCCCUUCCGCCUUCGCGGAGCCCCCGUUCCGGCGACAAGGAUUCCCGAGCGGGGUGUCCACGGUCGACAGAGGCUGGAGGGACCUGGCCCGACGCGGAAGAACGAGGUGCGUGGGCAGUACCCAGCUCAGACAGCAGCUGCGCAAGCGGCGCGUCCAACUUCAGAGUUGGAACCCUCUCGCGCGGCUCCACGCCCUGGCGAGCUGGCCGAGGCGGGGCGCUGGGCGGUCCGGACCAGUCGGUGGUUCUCGUUGGCGACCUGCAGGCACAAGCAAGCGCGUUCCAGGGCGAGGCAGGCAGAGGAAGCGACGCCUACGGAGAACCGCCCGCCGUCGGUCUGACGGUAGGUUGCGCGACGUUGUGGGAUAUCGAUUUCGCUGAGCUGGACGGAGCCCCCGGGGUCGGGAACGGCAGCGGCGCGCCGCCCGUGGGGGCCAGGCGACUUCUCGAGACGCACCUGCGGGUGAAGGAACUUGCUCGGCAGCAACAACUCAAAGAAGAACAAGCGGCCGUUCAGCUGGAGCGUUCGUUGCAGUUUGAAGUCCCCCACCUGCUCUUGCCACGUGGCGGGAAAGACCCGAGCGAGGAGGGAGAGGCGCGAAGAGGCCGCGACGGCGGUGGCGACUCCCGGAAAACGCUCCAAAAAGACGCUCUCCCCGAGGAAUACGCGAUCGGGCCGAACGGGCAAUUCAUUCUCGGCGGGGGAAACUGGGUGAAAGGAGGCGACAAAGGAGGCGGGAUCUGGGCCGCAGUGUAUGCAAAGCGAAGGAGUCUGAUGGACAGAACCGCCUCGUUCUAG